CGCCAGUACAGGCAGACUGAGAGGUUAAGCUGCUCCAUGCUCUCCUAGAACACGCUCCUCCUGAUGGUCCUACACACACAUUCCCCUGUGACACCACAGAUUCUACAAAUCACCAAAUCGCCUAUGGAUUCUACAUGUUUCCAAAUACUGAGAAGAGUUGAAAAGAGGAUGUGACAGUUGAGACGAGUCUCCUUCUGUCUCUCUGUUCUCUCGAGCUCUCCUGAUCUGUCUCUCUGGAGCAGUACUGAACUCUAGGAUUACCUGUGCAAGGAAAACAUUUGGGACACUGCAGGAGGAGAAGGAGCCUUAAAUCCCAGUCCUAGUAAAAGCUGGCCAAGCAAAAGUCUCCAUUUACGGUACAUUCACCCAAUCACAACUUGCAAGCUCCAUUCACCCCCUCACCCUCACCCCCACCCCCAAUCACCUGCCAUAUUUAACCCGUGAUGGAAACAGUGGAAGCAGAUUACAUUCAGAUAGCAGUUGGUGAUGCCAUAAUAGAAGAGGAAGAAGUGGCAGUCGCCAUGGCUAUCAGUAAUGCAACAGAAGUGGGGCGAGAAGACGGAGGUGCCAUGGCAAUUAGUGAUGCUCUGUUUGACCAGUCGGCAGAAGAAGAAGGUGCCACAGUGAUGCCAAUUGGUGAUCCUGUAGAAGUGCUCAUUAGUGGUGCCACAGUGACACAAAUGAAUGGUGCCUCAGAGAUGCCAUUCGAUGGUGCUACAAUGAUGCCAAGCAGUGGUGCUACACCAAUACUAACUGAUGGUGCUACAGCAAUGCCAGUUGAUGGUGAUAUGGAAUUGCCAACGAAUAGUGCCAUAGCAACACCAACCAUCGAUACUACAGCCAUGCCAGCUGAUGUUGCCACAACAAUGCCAAUUGAUGGUGACCUGGAAUUGUCAACCAAUAGUGCCACAGCAACACCAACCACUGGUGCAAUGGCCAUGCCAACCGAAGGUGCCACAGCAAUGAUGUUCAGUAUUGCCAUGGACUGUGAACCCGUUGCCACUAAUGUGGAUCUGUGCAAAGCCUGCGGGCAGCGUCACUUGUUGGAUGAGAACCAUGAGUACAACUACAAAGAGGAAGUGGAUGAUGAGCUCAUGUGCCACAUCUGCCUACAGCCCCUAAUCUCCCCAUUGGACACACCAUGUGGACAUACAUACUGCCAGGAGUGUCUGACCAACUUCCUAGUCGAGAGUGAUUUCUGCCCAGUGGACCGUGUGCCCAUCCUGCUGCAGAACUGUCGCAAGUCCAAUGUGCUGGUGCACAAGCUGCUGGACAAACUCAUUGUGUCUUGCCCAUUUAAGGAGCACUGUUCUGAGACCAUGUCAAGGGCAGAUCUGCAGGGGCAUCUCUUGAACAGGUGUAAAGGAGCUUCACAUUAUGGCCUGUCGGCUGAGAGAAAGCGUCGCUCGCAGGAAGGAGAGUGUACUGACAGCACAUCAGAGCUUGCUCUGGCAACUCUGCCUGGCGAUGGCCCUGCCUCCAGCGCCAUGGCGCUCCUAUCAGACGAGCCUGGCCUCGUCAACCCUGCUUACGAGCCUGGCAUGGAGGACAACAGCCAAUCAGGGAGCACCACCAGCCUGACAGCACGUAGCAACUCCAAGAAGAGUGAGUUCCGUAACUUCGACCGCUCGUCUGUGAGGAGUCGCUCAUUCCGGCGUCUGAACAGGGCGUUCAGUGUGCUCAGGAGGACCAAGAGUGGCACAGCAGUGGUCCACGACAGCACAGAGGAAAGAGACAACCUCAGAAAUGCCAACGUACCACAAGAGGUUUUUGCUCUGCCUCAGCUCCAUCAUCUCAUUCCGGAUGGUGAGAUCACCACGGUUAAGAUCACACGUUCUGACCCCUGUGAGCCGUUGGCCAUCAGCAUCGUGGGGGGAAACGAGACCCCUCUUGUGCGCAUCCUCAUUCAGGACAUCUACAGAGAAGGAGUUAUUGCCUGUGAUGGGAGACUGCUGCCUGGAGACAUGAUACUCAAGGUGAAUGGUAUAGACAUCACCAACGUCCCACACUGCUAUGCCCUUGCAACUCUGAAGCGCCCCUGCAUGCUGCUCAGGCUGACCGUGCUGCGUGAACAGCGCCAUCGUUACCGCGCGCAUCAUCACCACCACCACCAUCACGUGCCUCAGCCGGGCGAGCUGCUGUUCCCGGGCUCUGGUGGCAGUGUGAGGGACGACAGUCUGCACGUGGUGCUGCUGAAGGGUGCACCAGACGAGCAGCUGGGCAUCAAGCUUGUGCGCCGACCCGACGAGCACGGUGUCUUCAUCUUUCACCUGCUCGAAGGAGGUCUGGCGGCACAGGAUGGGCGUCUGCGUGUCGACGAUCGUGUACUUGCUAUCAACGGGCACGACCUGCGUUAUGGUGCUCCUGAGCAUGCUGCACUGCUCAUACAGGCAAGUGUAGAGCGCGUGCAUUUCAUCGUGUCGAGGCAGACUCACGUGCCUGCCCCGGAUAUACUACAAGAGGCACCAUGGAGUAUGGAGGGACCCCCACCCUACUCUGCUGUGGACGUUGAGCAAUCGCUGGUGGACUCGUGCCAAAAGCCGUGCUGUCAUGAGAAGACGGUGACUCUGGUUAAAGAGUCGAACGAGUCGCUGGGCAUGACUGUAGCAGGAGGAAUGAACAACCGCGGCUGGGACCUGCCCGUCUAUGUCACCAACAUUGACCCCAAUGGCGUGGUGGCCCGUGAAGGCUCCAUCUGCAAAGGUGAUAUCCUGUUGAACGUGAACGGUGUGGACCUGACUGGUGUGACUCGAAGCGAGGCGGUGACGAACCUGAAGAACACCUCGUCCCCUGUGGUGCUGCGUGUGUUGAUGAGGCCACCUGACAUGAGCUCUGUGGACUGCUUGUCCCCUGACGUGUCCUCACCAUCCUCGCCUGGAGACAUCAAAAUGCCCCUGUCCAGCGAUGAUUACUCACCCCUGUGGGUAUCCUGGCUUCAACUGCCCAGGCACCUGUAUACCUGUAAGGACAUAGUGUUGCGCAGGAGCACAUCAGGGAGUUUGGGCUUCAGUAUCGUAGGAGGUCAAGAGGAGCUCAACUGCAAUCAGUCCUUCUUCAUCCGCUCCAUCGUGGAGGGAACCCCAGCGUACAAUGACGGCAGGAUACGGUGUGGAGACAUCCUGUUGGAGGUGAAUGGAAAGAGCACAUGGGGAAUGACUCACACUUCUCUAGUGCGCCUGCUGAAGGAACUGAGGGGCCGUAUUACACUCACCAUCGUCUCCUGGCCAGGAAGCCUGCUAUAGGCCCAUGUUGCGCAGGGGAGGGACUUAUUACAGUGACCCUAUGUUGAAGGUUGGAGCGUCACACAGUCCCUGCAGAAAAUGAAUGGGCUUUAGGACAUGGACAUCCAUGGUAGCCAAGUCGUAUGAAAUGGACCAGUGCCAUACAACGUUAGGCAAGGUGCUCUGGCCUCAUCUAGGUAUGAGGGACUGACAUGGACCUCAGAUGCUGAAGGUGGAGUGUAUGAUAGACUCUCGUCACGAGGACUGAACAAAAGGUGUUGGCCAUUGGAAAGAGAUCAUCCAGUGUGUAGGUGACGCAGGCUGAACACCCAAGAUUCCAUGUGAUACUAUUGCCAUAAUUUCACUGGCUGCCUGUGCACUUGAUAGCCCACGCCUUUGCUGAUAUCAUUUAGGCACAGGAAACAGACUCCUGCACCCGCUCUCACUGAGGCCACAUACACAAGGGGCUAAUGAUUUAAAAAAAAAUUAUCAAAAAUAAUUUUAAAAAAGCACCUAGAAAAACCUUGGUCGCACAUUAUGAGGAGAUGAUAUGUGUGAUAAAGUGUAUAUAAAUACUCCUCUAUGGGCAAUGUGCAAACAAACAUCUCUUAAGUGUGGUGGAAGAUAAAGGACUUCUGGGAUAUGUGGAGGUUCAAGCUAAGGAUCAGAGUUUGGGGUUGCCAACUCCGUUAGUUUCUAUGUUAGAACACGCACUUAAUUGAACACACAUUUCUUUGCUGUUAAAUGUUAAUGUGUGUGUGUGUGUGUGUGUGUGGGGGGGGGGUUCCAAGCGCUCGUACUAUGGUGACUGUUUCUUUCAUUUGGUUCAUUGGCUUUGCUUUGUUCGUUCUGACAGUACUGCGUUUUAUUCAUCUACUAGAGAAAGUAGGAUUUUUUUUUUGUCUGUGUUGGUAUGUUUUAUAUGCUGUUGCAAAGAAAAUAUAUAUAUAUAUAUCUGAGUACUAUGAAAAAACAAAGAAACUGACUAAAUAUUGUUCAUAACGCUCUUUUAAAAAAAGUAUAUACAGUUGCGGUCAGACGUUUACAUACACUCAUCAUGAAUGUCAUGGCAAUAUUGGGCUUUCAGUGAUUUCUUUGAACUGUUCUUUUUCUGUGGCAGAAUGAUUAAACAACAUAUCUUUGAUGGAAAAAAAAAUAAUUUGGUGCACAAGUUUUAAUUUAUUUUGGGUUUUCUGAAAUCAAUCAACACAGGGUCAAAAUUAUACACACAUGCUCUUAGAAUAUAAAUUCAGUGGUGCUGAAAGUUCCAAAAUGUUUUAACUUGCCAAGGCCUAUUAACUUCCUGUUUGUGAUCAUGACUGACUACAGCUGGCAGUGUCUCCGUGCCAAAAUAAAAAGGGUUUGUUUGAUAAGUAUAAGCUAGUGGGAGGUGUAGCCACUGCGCCAAGGCCUGGAAACAGACCCAAAUCGUCACCCUCAGCUGAGAGGAAAUUGGUUCGGAUUAUCAUCAGGAACAACACAGGAACCACUAAAGCACAGACCUGCCAUGAACUGGAAGCUGCUUGAACACCAGUGUUACUGUCUACAGUCAAGCGAGUUCUACAUCACCAUGGACUGAUGGGCUGCUGUCCAAGAAAGAAGCCCCUGCUCCAAAACAACACCUUCAAGCUGCACUAAAGUUUGCAGCUGAGCACAUGGACAAAAGACAAAGCCUUCUGGAGGAAAGUUUUAAGAUCAGAUGAGACAAAGAUUCAGUUGUUUGGCCUCAAUGACCAGAGGUAUGUUUGGAGGAGUAAAAGUGAGGCAUUCAGCCCCAACAACACUGUACCAACUGUUCAGCAGGGUUAAACAAACUGGAUGGAAUAAUGAAGAACCUCAGAACUCUCUCAAACCCUCAGCUGGACGGCUGAAACCUGGACACAGUUGGGAGUUCCAACAGGACAACGACCCCAGCAGACCAACAUCAAGCUUUUGGAAUAUCCUUCCCAAAGUCCUGACCUCAAUCUUAUUGAAAAUAUUUGGACUGUGUUUAAAAGCCAGGUCUGUCUCAGGACACCAACAAACGUAACUGAACUCAGAAGCUUGUUAAUGGCUAACAAAAGCGUCUGGUCAAGGUGAAACUUCCUAAGGGACGUUUAAAUAAAUAUAAGGGUGUGCUGGAUGGAUAUUUUUGAUCCUGUGUUGAUUUCAGAAAACCCAAAAUUAAUUCAAACAUGUACACCAAAUUCUUGCUUGUUUCCUAUUUAGAGACAAUUAUUCUGUGACAGAGAAAUAACUGUCCAAAUAAAUAAUUGAAAGUUGACCACAACUGUGUGUGUAUGCACCCACCCACACACUAUCAGUCAAAAGUUUGGACACCCCUACUCGUUCAUAGGUUUUUCUGCAUUUUGUAUUUUCUACAGUGUAGAACGAUACUGAAGACAUCACAACUAUGAAAUAACAUCUGGAACAUGCAUGGAAUUAUGUGGUAAACAAAAGCGUUUAAAAAAACAAAAUGUGUUUCCCAUUUUACUAACUAAGCCCGUGUUUACCUUGACAUUUUGCACACAAUUGGCAUAAUCUUAACCAGCUUCAUGAGAUCGUCACCUGGAACACUUUUCAAUUAACAGGUGCCCCGUCAAAAGUUAAAUUAGUGCAAUUUCUUGCCUUCUUAAUAUGUGUUGAUCAAAUAGUAAAUAAUAAAAAUACAGUAAAUAGUCCUGGUCCACAGCUGUAGUAAUCCAUAUUAUGUCAAGAACCGCUCAACUAAGUAAAGAGAAACGACAUCCAUCAUUACUUUAAGACAUGAAGAGGCUUUUAAUUAAUAAAAAUAAAAGACAUUGAAUUAGAAGGUGUGUCCAAACCUUUGAAUGGUACUGUAAAUAUAGCGUGCGCGUGUUUAUAGUAAUGAGAGUUUGGCAGCCGUGCUGAUUUUGUGUGUUCAGAGAUGCGAGAUAGAAAAGAUGACACGCAGAUCCAUCGCGAUAUGUUUUCAUGUCUGCUGGUCAUCGUGGAAAGCCAUGUGGUCUUGUGUCUCAUGCUAUGGCUUGUGUAGCAUUCUGUAUCUGACGAUACUUCUGAUUAAACCAAUAAAAUUAUUCGAUAAGGAAA